GGGAAACUUCCGGUAGCUUAAGGUCGUGACUCGUGGCUGUGGGAACUUUAGCGCGUGCUGACGUUAGUGCAGGGGAAAUUAGCUGGCUGCAGCCUGUUGGGGACAGCUCUCACUCACAGACUCCAGGCGCUCUGGUUGCAACAAACAUGGUGGCAGAGCUUUCAACUUCCAUAAACAUCAAGGAGCCUCGAUGGGAUCAGAGCACAUUUGUGGGUCGAGCCAAACACUUCUUCACUGUCACAGAUCCCAGGAACGUCCUGCUGACCAACGAGCAGCUCGCACAUGCUCACAAAGUCAUCACAGACUACAGGAAAGGAAUCGUCUCCCCAGGUCUGACGGAAGAUGAGCUGUGGAGAGCCAAAUACGUUUUUGACUCCGCGUUUCAUCCCGACACCGGAGAGAAGAUGAUCCUAAUUGGACGCAUGUCGGCACAAGUUCCCAUGAACAUGACGAUCACUGGAUGCAUGAUGACGUUUUACAAGACGACUCCAGCUGUGUUGUUCUGGCAGUGGAUCAACCAGUCUUUCAACGCAAUAGUCAACUACACCAACAGGAGUGGCGAUGCACCCAUCACAGUGAGUCAGCUUGGCACAGCUUAUGUGUCUGCCACCACGGGGGCAGUUGUCACCGCUCUAGGACUAAACGCACUAACAAAGCACGUUUCCCCUCUGAUUGGACGGUUUGUUCCGUUUGCUGCUGUUGCUGCUGCUAAUUGUAUCAACAUCCCACUGAUGAGACAAAGAGAGCUUCAACAUGGCAUCCCUGUCACAGAUGAGAAUGACAACAGGCUAGGAGAGUCGACGAAAGCUGCACAGCAGGCCAUCUCUCAGGUCGUUGUCUCCAGGAUCCUCAUGGCCUCUCCAGGAAUGGCUAUCCCUCCAUUUUUAAUGAAUCAUCUGGAAAAGAAGGCUUUUCUGAAGCGCUUCCCAUGGAUGAGUGCACCUAUUCAAGUCAGCCUGGUGGGAUUCUGCCUGGUGUUUGCCACUCCUCUGUGCUGUGCAUUGUUCCCUCAGAAAAGCUCCAUGUCAGUCAGCCGCUUGGAGCCGGAGCUGCAGGAGAAAAUCCGGGCGAGCCACCCGGGUGUGGAGAGAGUCUUUUUCAACAAAGGGCUAUGAACGUUCAGCCCCCCUUCCAUCUUUAACACUGCCAUGACCUAUCUGCCGGCUCGGCCCUCACCUCCCUGCCUGCUCUCAUUCAGUGUGCCAAAGUUAAGUUUGUGUUUCAUUCCCACCAUUCAGACACACACCAGAGGUUAAAACUGGUUCAGAUGUUUAGUUUGUAUUGGAACUUGAGAGAAAAUUUUGUCCGACCUGAUUGGUUGAAAAGCUCCUCACGACGGCUGUAUCACGGCCUUUGUCGGACUGUAACUUGAUCAUAUUUUGCCAUUAAUCCAUUUUCACAUCUUCCUACAGACAGUUUUAUCCUUCAAACUAAGAAUAUGUCACUGUUCAAUGACUCAGCACUUCUAACACUCAGACGUUUUUAAUUGUUUCAAAUAAUAAUUUAACUAGACAGGAGUUAAUUUUGCCAAACAAGUUUCUCUAAAAAAGCCUGCUGACAUCAAAUCAGAAGAAACACAUCUCAAGGGAGGGACCUGCGCUGUAAACGUGGUGGUGGCUGCCACCGAUGGGCCAACAUCGUGCUAUUCUUAACAAUAGUAUUAUUUAUUCUGCAUGGCAGACACGCACGAACAAACCACUCCUCGUGAGCAUCGUGGGUUUAACCUCGGGCUCUCCUGAAGACUACCCAGUUUUUAUAUUUACUGGUACUUGUUUCAAUAAUACAAAUCUGUGAGUAAUGCUGCACACAAAGUGGUUCAAUUUGAUCGUUUAUAUGUGGAGUGGCAGAUGUUUUUAAGGCAAAAUGUCCAGAUUCCUCAUAUAAGUAGUUGUUAUUGGAAGGAUGCAAACAGGUGGAUCUACAUAGCCUGGCCUGCCAGACUCCUCCUCUGUUUAAUUCUGCACAGAGAAAGGGGCCGUGUUCGAGUUGAGCUGUGCCUCGCCUGGAAAACAGACAAGAGCAGACGGACGCAGCAGGGGGAGUGGCUGAAAGACGGCGUUUAAGUCUGACAGAUUUUUUGUACAUGUGUAGCUCGCGGGUGACGAUGGAUGAAGAUACCGUGUUAGUGUUCAUACUUGUUUAAUUAUAUAUUUAUAUUCUGGUGCCUGUUAGCAACCGAACCACAUCCUCACGUGCUUGUGGAUAUCAUAUAUUGUAUAUGGAGACAUGACUGUAAUGAUAAGUAAAGGUUAUCAGCUGUAGGCUUAGUGUGCUCAUAGGAAAUGGGACAAAAUAACACAAAUCACAUUUCUCUUUAUGGCCUAUAUAGUUAUUGUGGCAGUGUGAGCGUCCUGUCACAGUGUCCCGAUUGAUCAUGCGCCCUGGCUACUUGGCCAAGGGGAUGUCCCUUUGGCUGACUGGUAAGCAUGCGUGACUCUCACCCGGGAGUCUGGGGAUUGAAUCCCGCCUGGGCCCUCGUUUCUACACCUUGCCGCAUUAUCAUCAACGUAUGAUUUACAGAUUACAUGUGACCAACUAACAUUUCAUGUUCUACCACCGGAUGUUCGGAUCAAAAUGUGAACCAAUCAGAUCUUGGAUCAGGUGAGAGCCAGGCGUUUUUCGUCAUGCUCUAGAUUUUGGAGCCGGUGGAGGGCAACUGCAGCGCCUUGCUCCAGAAUCUGCGGCCGCCUUGAUCUCACGAGGUUAUCGUCGCCUACGUAGGCAUGACGUCAGAGCAAGUCGGACACAAAUCUAACCGGCAUGCACUGCGCGCCGAUCACCGGUGAUCUAAUCUGCGCAGAACUGGCUCAUCUCGAACACGGCCAGGGUCUGGGAAUAUUCAAGUAACCCCACCCCGUGAGAAUUCUAACCGAGCCAAUCGGCGCUGAGUAGCGUACGUCACACACCAUAAUGCCGAGUUUGACAUGAACAUGGCGACUGAAGCGGAGUUAACUGCGGCUCUUUCCUCUGGUCUAAAUGACUUGGUCUUUAAAACAACAAGUAGAAGCGCUAAAAGCCUUUCUUCUAAAGAAAGAUGUUUGCGCUGUCGCCAGUCUCCAUUUUUGACUACAGCUAAAAAACUACAGGCAUAGCGGACGUCACACACAGCGACACUCAGUUUCUCAUAAACAACGAAGACAGCGGCAGAGUUCCUUGCGGCUCUUUCCUCUGUUCUAAAUGACUUGAAUGUCUUUAAAACCACAACAAGUAGAAGCACUAAAAGCCUUUCUUCUAAAAAAAAAAAAAAAGAUGUUUGCGCCAUUGCCAGACGCCAUUUUUUUUAAACUAUAGCUAAAAAACUACAACGUCGCGCGGUACAGUCGGCAUUUCCGUCUUUUUUCUGAUUGGUUCUUUUUGAGCUGCUUAGUCCCGCCCCUCAAGUGCCUCUCUGCCUGUGAGUUACCAGACUCUCUCUGUGCAGGAUUAAACAGAGGACGGGUCUGGCCGGCCAGGCUAUGAUCUACAGUCAUGGUGGAAGAAACCCAUUUUAAUAUUUUACAAAAUGGAUUAAAACUUUUAAAUGGUUUAAAAAUACAAAUGUAACCUCAAGUGUUAUGAUGACACAACAAAUUCCACCAAUCCUUCAUUUAGUAAACCAAAACAGACCAAAUGUAAAACUUGUGUGAAAAAUCAAGUUCAUCGUUGUUGCUUCCGUAAUAUCCUAAAGGGAAGGUAUCAAUCAGACGCUGCUGAUCAAGUACGUGUUGAUUAAUUCAUCUUCAGUCAGUGUGACUGCCUCUUUAAAAGCAGCAGUUUUCCCUAGUCUGGAGCACAUAGGUGUGUGUUAACACGGUGCUGAAGCAGAAGGGUGUUCUCCCUUCUACAGAGAGAAAGAUUAUUCUCAGUAGAAAACAUUAAAUGUGUGGAACACUGAAAAACAUUUUUUUUAUGAUUUAUUUCUGAUUAUAAUCCAUCGUUUUUCAUGCAGCCUGGUCUUCUACACCCAUCUCCUGCAUUAACUUCUGAUAGAAAAUAGACGGUGAUUCUCUAGGAUUAGAAAAACCUGACAGAUCUACGUCACACUGUCACUUAACAUUCAUGGACUCGCCCAUCUUGACUGAUGAUGGGGAAGGCUCUUGUUGGUUUAGCAUCCAGGAAACAGCAUAGAGCGUCUCAACUAGUAGAAGCUAACCAUUAGCAACUCCACAACACAGCAGAACUCCUCCAGACUUGUGUUAUUUGUGGAGAUAAAACAUCAACAUUGCAGAGCAAACAGAGUUGUGUUACUGCCAUCCAGUACGAGUCGGGAUGUCCAAAUAUCAGUAAAUAUCAAUCCAAACCCUUCUGCUCCAGCUCACUUGUACUUCCUGAUUCAGGCGCAUCUGAGAUUUAUUUAUUUCCACUAGAGACUACUGCUAAUGUGUUGAUUAAACAAGUGUUUAACACCUUGAGUCUACCCUGGAGAGGAUGUUCCAUUAAGGUCAGAUUGUGGGAUUUUAAGAGAAGCUGUGAAAAACUCAAGAGCAACAUGUUAGACUCAGUUUGCAGGCUUAUGGCUCGUACUAGCACGGCAGUGGAGAGCUGACGGUUUGGGCUCAGGUAUUCUUCAGUAAGGGGGACCAAACCGGGUCAUAAAACAGGAUCAUGGUCUCAAACAGCAGCAAAUCCACAACUGAAGGGUGGAAAAAUCGAAAUAUCGAUAUGUUGUAAUGGUCUGGUCAAAGUCCAGAUCUCAGCUAGAGUGAAACGCUGUGGCAGGACCUUAGCAGAGCUCUACAUAUACAAAAGGAACAGGACUAAGUUUCGCUGCAGAUUUCACACACCGCUUUUUCUUUUCGGCUGUUUUUGUUUAAUCAUUAACAAGAUGGUGGAACUUGUGUUUUUAAAACGUGAGGAUAAUGUUAAACAUUUUAGAAUUGAUUAAACAACCACAUCAUUUUAUUAUGUCCUGGUUAAUCUGAAAGAGGGUAUUCUUAAACCAGUCAUAAAGUCGGCCCCUGAUCUUCAUAAAUCCACCCUGGUGUUUGAACUUUUCAACGCGUUGGUGACACGUUUUUCAGCUGAGGAAUGCUGAGAAGCUCCAAAGUCAACAUGUGCAGCAGCGGCCAUCUCCUGCUUUGUGUUUUGUCAUAUUUCUGAGCAACAGUUGCAGAGUUGCUAUCGGAGCAUAAACCUGUUGAGAAGAUAAAGCUGCCAGAUCUCAUUAUGGUUCUCAUUUAUCCAGCUGUGUUUGGACUCAAUUGGUGGUGCAGGUUUCUGUUGUUGUUCUCAACUUUAUUACUUCAAUCCAGCAGUGUUUGUUGUUGUUCUGCUGGUGCAUAAACCCGUCAUUUCACAUCAGAGUCCUGUGUGUCACGUAAUGUUCGGCACGUUUAAAUCAGGGAGGAGAAUGACAACCUACUGGCAUUAUUUAAAUAAACAUUUUCAAUCAGCAUCAUUCAAAAUGUUUUAAAGUUGUGCAAGCUGCUGUAAAAAAACACCGUGUUCCAGAUGCUCGUGAGCGUUUGUCCAUUAAACAUGCUGUUUAAUUAUUCUGUGAUGUUUAACGUUGAAGAAGCUGUAAGCUCCUCCUGUAUCUCGUUGUAAAAGUGACCCUCCUUUAGAGUGUUGGUGUUCCCAGGGAGAUGUGCUGGUUCAGAGUGACUCUCUGGCUGUCCUUGUGUUCCAGGUGCUUGUAGCAUUCUCCAGUUUCGGGUGUUCUUUUGGUGUUUCGGCGUAGAAAAGCACAGAAAAAUGUUGCACAUUUAUAAACAACUUGUGUUUCCUGGCCCUGAACAGCAAGGGCAAGACGAUUACUGUUUGGAAAAAACAUUUCAGUUUUUUCUUUAUCUUUGACUACAUCUGUACCUCCUAUCUGAUAAAUAUCAAACUUCCUGGAAAAAUCUUAAUUUUAGCCUACAGGUACAAAUGGAUCAGGACUUCAUAGCUUGCAUUUAUUAAGGGGAUUACACAGUGACAGAAAAAAAACAUGUAUUUAAACAUGUAUUUAGUUGUUUUGCAGUAUUCUGGGGUGAUGUAAUGUUGAAGAUGAAAUAAAGUUAAUUUAAUCUGCA